UGCGCAGCCAGCGGCGGGUGAAGCCGGUGUCGGAGCGGGAACAGCCGUGUCGCCGCCGCCCGCGGUGGGCGCCGCGCCCUGAGCGCCUUGUGUUUUCGUUUCCCACCUCUGUUGUGACUGUCCGUGCCGCUCUCUGGGUCACGAUGGAAGCGCCGCCCGCGGCCGGCGUCCCUACCGAGUGCACUCCGGCGGUGGCCGGGGCAGAGGUGCGCUGCCCGGGCCCCACGCCGCUGCGUCUGCUGGAGUGGAAGGUGACGGCGGGCGCGACCGUGCGCAUCGGCUCGGUGCUGGCAGUGUGCGAAGCCGCAGCCUCUGCGCAGCCCGCAGGGCCAGCCCCGGCCCGCACGGCCUCAGGGGGCUGCGUGCGCGCCGCGCGGGCCGAGCGCAGGCUCAGGUCGGAGCGCGCCGGCGUGGUCCGUGAACUGUGUGUGCAGCCAGGCCAGGUGGUGGCCCCUGGAGCACUUCUGGUGAGGUUGGAAGGAUGCAGCCAUCCUGUUGUCAUGAAGGGUCUGUGUGCCGAGUGUGGCCAGGACCUGACCCAGCUGCAGAGUAAAAAUGGAAGGCAGCAGGUCCCCCUUUCUACAGCGACUGUUUCCAUGGUGCACAGUGUGCCGGAGUUGAUGGUGAGCUCUGAGCAAGCUGAGAAACUAGGAAGAGAAGAUCAGCAGCGACUACAUCGAAACAGAAAACUGGUUCUCAUGGUUGACUUGGACCAGACCCUGAUUCAUACGACUGAGCAGCACUGUCCCCAGAUGUCCAACAAAGGCAUCUUCCACUUCCAGCUGGGCCGAGGAGAGCCCAUGUUGCACACGCGCCUGAGGCCUCACUGCAAGGACUUCCUGGAGAAAAUUGCCAAGCUGUAUGAGCUGCACGUUUUCACCUUCGGCAGCCGUCUGUAUGCCCACACCAUCGCAGGCUUUUUGGACCCUGAGAAGAAGCUUUUUUCUCAUCGAAUAUUGUCUAGAGAUGAAUGUAUUGACCCAUUUUCUAAAACAGGAAACCUUAGAAAUCUCUUCCCCUGUGGAGACUCAAUGGUUUGCAUCAUUGAUGACCGAGAAGAUGUGUGGAAGUUCGCCCCUAACCUUAUAACUGUGAAGAAGUAUGUCUACUUCCCAGGCACAGGUGAUGUGAAUGCACCCCCUGCAGCCCGGGAAUCUCAGACAAGGAAAAAAGUAAGUCAUUCUUCUAAGGGAGGGGACAUCUUGGAACAAGUUCUGUCCGUGAGGGAUCCUGAGGACGGCCGACCUGCUCCCGGAGUGGAGCAGAGCAAUGGCCUUGGGAAGGCCUCCCGAGAGCUCAAUGGUGGUGAGGCUGUGCCGGGAGUUUUUCCCAGUAAAGCAGAUGAGAAGGAAGCCUGGCCCCUCACUCGGGCCUCUCCUGCCAGCAGCUCUAGUGGCCACGAGCUGACUGAAGCUCCAGAGCUCCCUGUGUCUUGUGAGUGGGAUGGUCGGACAACGCCAGGGGUGCAGCCCACUCAGGGUGACGCCGCCACCCAGGAUUUGGACUUUGACCUGUCCAGCGACAGCGACAGCAGCGACAGCAGCAGCAGGUCAGAAGGUCAGAGGGCUCCAGCCACCCAGGAGAGAACAAAAGCAGCUUCACAGCACAGUGGGCCCCAGGACACGAGUGGGGGCAGAGCUGCAGCAAGCCCCUUGGGAGAGUCUGGACCUAGCAUACAGCCCCAUGACAAAGGGUCAGACCUGGACACUCAGGAGGAGGGUGAACGGGACAGCCUCUGUGGCCUGGGCAAUGGCAGUGUGGACCGGAAGGAGGCUGAAACGGAAUCCCAGAACAGUGAGCAGUCAGGUGUCACUGCGGGCGAGUCCUUAGACCAGAGUGUCGGGGAGGAAGAGGAGGAGGACACAGAUGACGACGACCACUUGAUCCACCUCGAGGAGAUCCUAGUCCGAGUGCACACUGACUAUUAUACCAAGUAUGACAGAUACCUCAACAAGGAGCUUGAGGAAGCUCCAGAUAUACGGAAAAUCGUGCCAGAGCUCAAGAGCAAGGUGCUCGCAGAUGUGGCUGUAAUAUUCAGUGGGCUGCACCCAACAAACUUUCCUGUGGAAAAGACUCGCGAGCACUAUCACGCCACGGCCCUGGGAGCCAGGGUCCUUACCCAGCUGGUGCUGAGCCCUGAUGCUCCAGACAGGGCCACUCACCUCAUUGCAGCACGGGCUGGUACAGAGAAGGUGCGCCAGGCACAGGAGUGCAAACACCUUCAUGUGGUCAGCCCUGAUUGGCUGUGGAGCUGCCUGGAGCGCUGGGACAAGGUAGAGGAGCAGCUCUUCCCACUCAUAGAUGACGACACCCGGACACAUAGGGAUAACAGCCCUGCAGCCUUUCCAGACAGACUCAGUGUGCUUCCAACAGCCUUGUUCCACCCAACACCCAUCCAUUCCAAGGCCCAUCCUGGUCCCGAGGUUCGGAUCUAUGACUCUCACACAGGCAAGCUGAUCCGGAUGGGCCCCCAGGGUUCUGCACCAGCUCCCUCCAGUGCCCCACUUACCCAUGGAGAGCCUUCCUCCUUCAGAGCUGUUCAGCCACAUCAGCAGCAAAUGUUUGGUGAAGAGCUGCCAGAAUCUCAAGAUGGAGAGCAGCCUGGCCCUGCUAGAAGAAAGCGACAACCCAGUAUGUCAGAGACAAUGCCGCUGUACACUCUCUGUAAGGAGGACUUAGAGAGUAUGGACAAAGAGGUCGACGACAUCCUUGGAGAAGGCAGUGAUGACAGUGACAGCGAGAAGAAGAAGCCAGAAGACCAAGACAAUGAACAGGAGAGAGCACCGAAGCUCAGGAAGCCCAGGGCCCCGGGGAUCCGAAGAGAGCAGCCUGUAGGGUUGCCCUCAUCUGGCGAGAGGAGCACCACUAGCAUGCGUGGGCCCAGAGGCCACAAGAGGAAACUGAAUGAGGAAGACGCUGCCAGCGAGUCCAGCGGGGAGUCCAGCAACGAUGAUGAGGAGGGCAGCAGUUCGGAAGCAGAUGAAAUGGCCGCUGCUCUGGAGGCGGAGCUUAAUGACCUCAUGUGACUAGGACCCGCCCCAUACCAGCCCUUGGCUUGGGUCCUUUUUCUCCAGAAAAUCGUAUAUUUUGCAGAGCUCCACAUACAGAAACACAUUAUUUUCCAGAAAUAAGUGUUUGUAAGAAGUUUUACUAUAGGAAAGUCUACUUUUUUAAGCGGCACAGUGUUCUGAGGAGUUGGUGUGCGAUGCCAAAGAGCUCAACAGGGCCUCUCACGGCGAGCGUGGAUAGAUACAUGAUGUUUGGUCAUGUAGUGAGGGCCUUGGGGGCUUGCCUUUGAAUGCUAUAGCAUAUUUAGUGUGAGGACUGGGGACCCAGUAAGAUUUAGAGAGCAAUAUAACAAAACCUGGCAUCUUGGGCCUUUUCACAGCUGAUGCUAUCAGAAUUUUGAAGGAUUUUAAAGUAAAAGAGCAGUGUAAAUAUGUGUGCACAGGACACCACGACUCACAGGCAGGCCUGAGGGCCCCAGCCACCUUUCAGGCCCUCAGCGGAUCUGCAGAUGCCCUGGAGUUUCUGAUUCAGGUCCCCGUCUGCAGCCUGGGCUGCCUGGGCCACAGCCUGCCAGUGUGGGCAGUGUGACGAGAGACGCCUGUACUACCCUGGAGAUGUGAUGUAAAGUUUUGUAUAUUUCAUACUCCACCCACCAGAUUCUGCUUCCAUUUAAUAAAACCCUUUUUGUAAGCUG